UGCGGCCAUAACUUCUGCCUGCCGUGCCUGCGCAGACUCAAGAGCCGCUCGGACCACGGCCGUCUGCGAUGUCCCGAGUGCCGGCAGAGUCACCGCAGCUCCGCCAACUGGCAGAAGAACUUCAAACUGGCCAACAUCGCUGACGGUUUCCGCCGUCGUGGCCAAUCAGAGCGCUCCACCCAGAGCCGGAGCGACGCGUCUCACAGAGCCGUCCAGGUUCGCUGCGAUUACUGUCCCGAGGACGCCAGCGAGGACGGGAAGGGUCCGGCGGCGGUUAAAACCUGCCUGAAGUGUGAAGUGUCCAUGUGCCCGAAGCACGUCCAGCCUCAUCUGGAGCUGCCGGCGUUCAGAGAGCAUCCGCUGGUGGAGCCGCUCGGAGACAUGAGGAAGAGGAAGUGUUUGGAGCACGACGAGAUGUUCCGGUACUAUUGCCUGGAUGAGCGCUUGUUCCUCUGCAACGCCUGCACCAUAGAGGGAACGCACGCUGGACACGCCAUCAAAACACUGAAGAACGCCAUGAAGGACUUCAAGGUAGGUGCGCUGUGUCCAGGCCCUUUCACUCUUCUCACAUCGGUGCACACUUAUACCUCAGAAUAUGCUUUCAGUAAUCAGAUCCCAGAGUGUGUUGAACCUCUUUACACCAUUUAG